AUGACGGAACAAGGGGCAUCAGAAACGGUCGCCAUCAGCGGCAUGCGCCCUGCCGGCGGUAAUGCAGAAGAAGCAGGAGCUGAUCCUAAAGUGAACCCGGAGCGCCCUGCUUAUCCACGGCAUUUUCUUAUAAUACACCAUACUGAACAUAGAAAGCUUGGAAGGAACAUGUUAUUUGGUCCAAGCCGGGCAUGGCUUGUCGGCCUGCUGUGGAUCAGUCUUGCUGCGAGCGUGUUCGCUGCCCCCCAGGCCGUCAGUUCGCCUGGUAAUUCGUCAGUGACUCCUACUGGCGCCCCAACCACCUCAGCCAGCACCCCCGCAAAUUCUCCGUCUACUGUGCUAAGCCCGAACCCUAGUAUUGAGAGUUCCCCUUCAAGCGCAUCCCCGUCCACGCCUGCUCGAGCGACCUCCACUUCCCCAGCGGCUCCUCCGGUACAAGCCUCUCAUACUUCUGAGGCGCAGUCUUCGUCCGAGGAGCCGUCCCGACCUACCACGACAUCCUCGGCGUCCACUCACUCCGACCCCGCCCCGCCUGCGAGUGCUCCUGCCCAGGGAGGGCAAGGCUCGAGUUCAACCCCGGACCGGAACACUGCACCUAGUAGUCCCACCUCACCUCCGACCACGUCUCAUAAUGACAGCGCGUCGCCGUCAAGCGAGCAUGGCGCAUCGCCGUCUACCAGCCCUCCCCGCGCUCCCCAAGGAGGAUCCGGUCAAACGUCGACGUCUCUUUCACCGGCGCCCCCGGACACGAGCACGCGCACCACUUCUCCCACCAGCGUGACCCGUGCACCCCCAGGAGGAUCUGGGGAUAGCACGACGACGACCCGCAGUCCCUCGUCGGAUCCGCCGGGCACUUCUACCGGCCGUGCCGGGCAAGAUACUACGACACAGGGCGGUUCAGGCCCUGGUACGACAUCAACUACCAACCAACCUCCUUCAACAUCGCCUUCGCGGGCUCCUGGCCAAGGUGGAACCAGUACACGCAGCAGCUCGGAUGGAGGUGCCACGUCGGAGACCUCUCGCGGCAGCACGACUAGCCAUACGUCACCUGGGCAUCCGGGCCAAGGUGGGACAUCGACGACCUCGCACAGCAGCGUUUCGACGUCUGCUACUGGUCGUGACCAGUCUACGACCACAUCCCGUACAUCAUCUGAUGAUCCAGGCCAGGGUCGGACGUCGUCGUCGACCUCCCACAGCAGUGCGUCGACAUCCGGCAGCAGUGACGGAAGUUCCGCUACUACAACCUACACGUCCCCUGGUCAUCCGGGUCAGGGAGGGACGUCGACGACCUCGCACAGUGGAGGAUUGACGUCGACGAUCACCUCUAGCGCGUCGCACUCAUCCCCCAGUCAUCCAGGUCAAGGUGAAUCAUCAGGCUCCGCUAGUUCGACUUCGGACGGGAGCGGCUCAACGACGUCGACUGAGCCGCAUUCGCACACCUCGGUCUCCAAUCCGGGGCAGGGUGCUACAUCCAGGAGCAGCAGCGGCUCCGGCUCUGGUGAGCCCACCUCGAGGUCGAGAAGCACGGAUGGUGCCUCUUCGACGACGUCUGGUAAUCGGACGACCACUCCCACUGCAGAUCCGAGUAGUUCACCUUCUGGGUCGGACUCGUCCCGCAGUCCGAGUGCGACUGAGUCGCACAGGGGAUCGUCUGUAUCGCCUACGACUGACAAUGUUACGGCGAGUGGUUCGAGUGGUUCGGGCAAUCCCAGUUCCAGUCGUUCCAGUAGACAGCCUAGUGAAACUGGUGGCAGCUCUCCGUCUCAUGCGGUCUCUGGUUCGGAGACAGCAGGGUCCUCGAGGCGACCGGGCCCUUCAGGGUCGGGAUCUCCUCAGCAGACCCGCUCAACGAAUCCGUCUGAAACCGCCACUGGGGCCGGUCCGCAUUUUACGUCUCUCAGCGAUGGACGUCCUGAUGGCUUGUCGAGCAGCCCGAGAUCAGGUGCCCAACGCACUAUCAGCGGGACGCCCACACCCACUGUUCGAACCUCGCGCCCGUCUGAUACGAGUUCCCCCGGCGCCUUGGCUUAUUCCACUUCUCUCACCGAUGACUCCACCUCGAGGCGCGGAGGCGAUGGGCGCACAUCUAUUGUGAGCGUGACUUUGGUUUAUACCUCCACUUCACCCGGCGGACUGGUCACGACGAUCACAACCGUGGUGCCUACUCAGACAUUGAUACCCAACUCCCUUACUGGCACAAAGUCACUUAAGCACGAUCCUGGUGCAAUUGCCGGAAUCGUCAUUGGCUCCCUUGCUGCAAUACUCGUCCUUGUGCUCUGGAUCAAAUUUGCCAUGAGGACGCGUCGCGUCCAGCGUCUGGAGAGUGACGCACUCGCCAGUCUUCGUGAUGAAUCCCCAGGGCCUCUAGAUAACGAGAUUGACUCACAUCCGGCACCCGGGGGUGCAAUGGGUGAGCGAGCAGUGCUCCCGCUGGCCGCUGCUGGGGGUUACGGUAGUGUCUCGAGAUUCCGAAGUCGUGAUGGAACGCUUUAUGCAUCUGUGGAUGAAGAUGAGCCGUACUCUGCAGGAGCAUUAUCGGGCCAUAGCCCUGCGGCGUUCGGGCCCUUCGCCGACCCUUUUGACGGCUCUGACGAGGCCGGUAUAUCCAGUAGUCCAAGGGUGAUGACGGAGCAUAUCCCGGGUGGACCACCUCCGAGUGCGUGGCUAAGAGGCAGUUUUGCACCCUCGGGUGGUGUAUCGCGCUUUCCAUCGGGCGCUGUGGCUGAAGACCCGCUCAUAUUAACUGGAGGGGCUUCGGAUCCCGAGGUUGACGAGCAGUUCUUGUCUGGCCUCGCUCGCGUCGGUGCAUAUGCAAGUGGGAGCGGGAGCUCGGAAGGUCAUGCUUUAGCUCCGUCUUCCAUGGGGCACUCACCUGCAUCAGCAUUAUAUUCCCCUGACGGUGCCCUUUCAAGGAAUCGCUUGUCUGUGCCAGAGACACGACGCCAAUCUUCCCUUGGACAUGGUAGCUCUUCGGAGUCGCACUCCGGGGAAGAUAACCGCGCUGGACGUGCCGUGGUCGGAGGUCUAGAAGGGUCUGCACGCCCGACUCCAAGUAGAACUUCAAGCGUCCGUGGUUUGCUAUCUCGCGGUCUCAACUGGCGGCAGCCGCGACCUCAGUCUGCAGUGACCGUCCCCACGUUCUUUGAGCCUCCCCCUGAACUGGUGUCGAGGCCUGGUCCCCGGUCUUCCUUGCCACCCACGUCGCCCAUGGUCCCCAUGAGGCCUCACACGAUGUCUGACAGCGGCCACGGCAGUCUCGUGCGGGCGAACCGCCCGGGUUUCGUACCUCAUUGGCAUGAUCAAGGAACGUUCGGUCCUCGGAUGGUCACCCUAGAAUCUUCGUCGGCGCUGCCUUCGCCUGCUGCGACGGACGCAACGACAGGAGAUGGCUUAUUACGACUCGAAGGCGAGGCUGCUCGCAGCACGGCUGAUAUCAGUUUGCUGGAUGAGGUGGACUACUCGCGACCUAUAGGAGGACUGGUGCACAACAGAACGCACAGUAUGACCACCUUCGAGACGCAGGAUACGCGGCGGACCGUCAGGACGGGACAGUCGAAUCCCGAGACGCCACUCUCGGUGCUCCAGGAUCCGUUCAGGGAUCUGCUUGACGAUGGUCUCGGCUCUGAAGCUGGCCACACCAUCGGACAUUAA